AUGGCUGCAGUUCGUUCCUUUACCAAGGAGGAAAUCUCCAAGCAUAGCAGUCCACACAACCUAUACUUGGUCAUCCAUGGUAAAGUCUACGACUGUACUAAAUUCGUCAACAAGCAUCCAGGCGGCGAGGAGGUUAUUUUAGAGGUGGCGGGUCAAGAUGCUACUGAGCCUUAUGACGAAGUCGGCCAUAGCGAGGAUGCGGACCGACUGCUUCGCAGUUAUUACAUUGGAGACUUGCAAGAACAAGUGAGUAUUCCCAACCCAAUCGCAACUCCAACCCUUCUAUCUGUUGCCAACAUUAUACUCGAUGUUAGAACACCCAGCCAAAGGCAUCGAAAUCCGCCCCACGGGUUGGCGCCUUUCUAUCAAACCCUGGUGUUAUUGUGUUAG